AUGGACAGGUUGCAGACCGAGUUGGCGCAAUCGCGCACGCUGGUCAACAAAGCAGCGCCACGGAUGGACGCCCUUCGCUUGGAUGCGUCCAAAGCUCGUGAGGACGCAAAAGCAGCUCGACGAGAAGCGGCGGCGGCGUCGAAGAAGGCGCAAGACAGUGCGACAGCGUUACCGGACCUCGCACAGCGGCAUAAGGUGGCUGGGAAGCGACUGGAGGAGUUGGAGAGGAAGAUCACUCGGCUGACUCAGCAUAACACCGUUCUACGGCGUGUGAACGUCGUCUUCAAGAACAGUUUGGAGCAUCGUCAGGCUGAUCUCGCAACAGCUCAGGAUCGCACAGUGGCUGCAGAACGAGAGCGAGCGGAGGCCUCCCUCGCUCGCGACGACUUGCAGGCGGAGCUGGAUGCGAGUCGACAGUCGCUGCUGAAGAAGCAGGCUUCUUCUGCUGAUCUCCGCAGCAAACUAGCGGAGCGUGAGGAACACCUUGGAGCGUUGCGCAACUUGAUCAAUCUGGUACCUGCGCCGACUCCGCAACCUGAGGUGGAACGAUGCGUGGCGUCGGCCUCUUCCCGUUCGUCUCUUGCCACACUGGCGUCAACGGCCACGAGCCUUGUCUCCUCUGAUCCUCCAGCGCGAACAUCUUCGCAGCAGCUCCCGUCUGGCUCGGCAAAGCGAAGUGGAGAUCUCUCUUCUGAUCCAACGUUACAGUCGAAGCGCGCAAAGCGCGCCGUUGCGACUACCGAGGGAGCGCCAGCUGAGUUGUCUUCCUCUACGGCGAUGGCCCGAAGCCCAUUCACGCACGCAAUUCCACCUGAGUCCAGCGAAGCUGCGCGCCCUGCCGAUGUCACGCCGUGGCUCUGGGAGGUUGUUGCAGGUCACCGCCUUGACCAGCUUACAGCCAAAGACCUCGCUUCGAAGUUCUUACCACGCGACUGGCUGCUACCCGCCGGGGUGUGCAACCCUAAGAAGGGGGAGCUGGCGGUUCCUGCUGACUAUCGACCCUGGCCACAAGCCUCGGUCGAAGCUUUAUACAAAGCGAGUCCCUGGAAGAUCUUCCUGGAUAACGUGCCCGACCCAGUCUCAUUCGACAUUGGAGAUCCCCGCUUCCAACCUCUUCUGGCCAUCAUCCGCGAUGUGCUGACUCGGAACGAUAAUCGUGGCGCGCUUGUGUUCUGGGAGAUCACCCACUCCAUCGAGAUUUCCAUUUCCAAGGCCAGCGCUGAGUCUUGGGAGGUGGCCCGCCUGUGCAAGACUCAUGUGUGCGACUUUGACAUUCUUCUGGAGCCAUUCUUCCUGCCGCUGAUCGCAACGUGCCCGUGGUUCCCUAAGGGAGCUUCUGGUGCCUCUGGAGAUCUGUUACACGCCCAGCGCGUCGUGGCAAGCGCGUUUCAGCAGUCGUCGGACGCGCGUUCGCGCCUCCGGCGCCUCGGCCACUGCGACACCGGGCUGGAUCUCCAAGUCGCCCCCGAGUACUCGUUCGUCGUAAUUCUAAUGUCCGACCAGAUCAUCACAACUAACCUCGUUUCUCCAUUCCAUCGCGUGGUCUUCUCUCCAUUUCUUCUUCCACUCAAUCAAAUGUAA